AACCCCAAAACCCCGCUUUUUGUAAGCUUUUGAGAUUGGCCUUUUACCGGUAUAAUAAAGCUUACAAAAAGCAUGAAACGAUUACAUGAAUCGAAAGAGGGAUGAGAUAGACUGGGAAUUCACACAUUUCAGAGAAAUUAUUACCACCAAAAAUAUUAUGAAAGGGGGGGGGAGUAAUAUCCAUACUUCAGGUGCCUGUGGGUGUGACUGAUCGACAAGGGAUAUGCUACUUCGCCUAGAUAUACAACUGAUCUUACCUUCAGUGAAUGCAGAUUAGAAGCAACAGGAGAGGAGAGAUGGGGUAAGGUGUAAAAAUGAUUGUCCUCAAACCCAAAGUGAUUCUUAGACAUGUGCAGGAAGGGGAGGAAAUUCUGUGGAUGAAGAGUGAUUUGACAGUAGUCGAUGGAGCACAAAAUGACCCUGCAACUACACUGGUCAGGAGGGGACAUUUGGUGCGACAGAUACAUCAAUACUUUGGGGGUUUGGAGCCCAGGAAAUGUUGCUUGGCUCUCUCAGGAUGUAAAACCUCCUUUAGUAAUGUGAGACUGGUAAGAAAUGAUGGGAGAGAUUCCGGGAUCGAGGAAGGUGCAAUGAUUCGAUCACCAGCAGACACAAUUGAAACAGUAAAGGAUCUCACUGUACAGGAAGAGAGAGUGUUUAGGAGGAGUUAUGUCUGUGCCUCCUACCCCGUGCUGUGUGCCCCAGAGCCCCCCUCCCCACUGUCCCCUCCCCCUGUCGUUCCCCAGGGCAGCAAAAAGUUUCAGUUCAAAGGUCAGCUGACCAUCACUCGACCUCCGACCCCUGAUGACAGUGGUCUGGAGGAGGAUAUGUCAGUUGUUCCAGCUGACACCCUUUUUGAACUGUUAAGAAGAACGUUUCACCUGAGCCAGGAGAAUUUCAACAAAUAUGAGCACCAGAUUUACAGAUUCCACCAGAGGAAGGAGCCUAGUAGAAUAUUAGCAGAGGAGCUGGUGGGACAGUUAGCUCUGUUGGAAAACAAUGUCAAUCCAUACUAUAACCCAGAAUCCUUCAUGUCUUCUUCGGGGUAUGACUCCUGGCAAAGGAGGGAAUUUUCACACAUUGCUGAGUUGCUGAAGAAAUUUUGGCACACUGCCUACCCACCACUGGCCAAUAACUACAAACAGACUCAAAGGGGCAUUCUAGAGGAUUACAAAACUCUUUUGUUGAAACUCCUUAGGUAUGAAUCCCCGUACAGAGUGGAAGGAGAGUUACUUGCCCCUGGAUUGUCAUGCCUUCUGUCGUCAGUGUCUGUACGAUUACUAAAGGAAUUUGGACUCAGAUAUGGCAUUAGAGAGGUGUACAGGAAGUUAGUUUACCUGCAGUACCUGACUGGGAAUUUUGUACCUUCAUCGUGGUUCAUUCAACACACCUGUAACACACUGUUAUCAGUACUGGACAUGUUGCCAAACUCGGGAGCUAAUCAUGUUCUGUUGAAAGUAGAGUAUGAUAUCUUAAAGGAGAGUAUAGAAGCACUGGAGAAGCUUGGUAACUCCAACAUCUGUAAGAUGAAGAGUUUGUUUCCCAACAACAGACCCUCUGAGGGAUUAGAUUCUCUGAUUUAUUUGGUCACUUUGACCCAGAGAGGACGUCAGUACCUUCUGGACAAAAAAAGCCAUAGCGUAGUUGCUAUUCUGAAAGACUGUGUACAGAGCAUUUUCCCAGUAUGCUACGAGGAGUAUAAGAUUGUCGCAAUGAAAGAUUUACAUCAGAAAGACACAGGGCUUUCACCAACACUGGUGAACAAGAUGAUAUGUAAGAUCAGGGACGAGGUCAAAGAUUACAAGGCUUACUACCAGACUACUUUUGAGAAAUAUUUCAAUGUAACAUUGAUGGCAGCCCAAAAACUGUACAGCCUUUUGAUGGAAGAUGUAGCCAAAUUGUGUCAAAAUCAGCCGAGGAAUGCCAAUAUAGACAGAUGCAUGCUGGGACUGGCUUACCGCUUAAAUCAGCUGGACCAGGCUUGGGUUGUAUACAUAUCAGAGGAGCAACAGACAUGGAGGACAUGGUUUCAAGCAGAGCAAGGUCACUGGACCAAAGUCCUCAAUGUCAAAAUGAUGAAACUCAUACGAGAGACAGUAUCUAAAGACAAGUUUGAGGGAGCAGUUGUUCAGGACAUCCACAGCAUCAUUGACACCCCUUCGAGUUCUCUGGUGGGACACAGAAUCCGUUCCCUGUCCAAUAAGUCCAUCACACCCUCUAUCAACAGUGCCUUCAGUGGAAUGAUGUCCUCUCUCCAUUCCACUCCACUCUACAGCCGAUUCACACCACUCCACAGACAGGAUUCUAAACGAUCAAGUGAGAAUACUCCAGUUAAUCAAAUCAAAGAUCCCUCAGGGAAUCCCGAUUCCUGGUUCAGUAAGCUACACAUCUCUGUCUCGGCACCUGGUCCAUUCAGAGACACACAGUCUCUGUGUGAUUUUUCUGAAGAAGAGGAGGAAGGGGUCAUGACCUUUUCUAACAUUCGACACAGUUCCUCGGUGCCUGAGAUGCUGAGUAAGAGUUAUGACCAUCACCUUGAUGUUAUGCGACCCAGUCCGAAAUUCCCAGUUUUAAAAAGUCAUGAAACUGGUGUCAACUCCGUACAGGAGUUAAGGGAAAGCAGUCCAUUUCAAACUCCUCCUGAAAAUAAACCACCUGCAAAUCAGGCAAACAGUGGGAUGAACAAUUUCUCAGACUGUCCAGGAUCUAAAGAGGAUGAUGAAGUUAAUACAGUGGAUGAAAGUGAUUAUUCACAUGAAACAAAUAAAGAAUCUAAUACAGACAUUAAACAGGAAGGAACAGAUGGCUCUCAGCAGGAAGGGGAGACUGCAGGCUUAGAAGGGGAAGUAACUCCAUCACAGACUGAUUCUCAUCAGCAACUCUUAAACCAAAAUGCAAUGAAAGUGGGUGAAAUUCCCCAUGGAGACAGGAUUGAUGGGGACCAGGACUCUUUAGCCGGGGAAUUUACCCAGUCUCUGGAGGAAGAGGACAAGGAGGGUGAUCAUGAGUCGUUGUCCAGCACACAGGACUCUCCCAUUCCAAACUUUGAUUUCCCACCAGUGUCCGAAGUGGUUACUCUCGACAGUGAAAAAUUAACUGAGGAUGAUCAAAGUGAUAAACCAGUCACGAGCAUUUCAAAUUCAAAGGAACAACAGCAAUAUGGUGCUUCAUCAUCUGCAAGUGACAGCAAAGAACCAUUGUCCUCCUCAGAGGUGGAAAAUUCAUCUCCUGAGUGUCGGACCUCAUCCUCUGACAUUCCCGCCUCCAUUAGUUCUGUGAAGUCUGCUUACAUUCCAGUGUCUGGUUCCCUGUUUGAUGUGCUGGUUCUCCUGCAGAGGAUUAUUGGCUUUGGUAAAACCCUGUGUCAGACAUUCUAUAAGUCCACGUCUAGUCACAGAAUGACUGAAUUAGAGAGUUCUUUUUCCUCAUCUACGACUGUCAGCAGUUAUUUUGGGGGUGACAUGAGGAAGAAACUAUAUACACAGUUCCAUGAGGUGGUCUGCAACACCCUGACAGUUUAUGCUGAUAACAUUCUGUGUUUGGACCUCUGUGGAACAACUCAUAGCGAGGGAACAAGACUGGUGGGGGCAAAGAUGGUUGAGCAUCUCCAGAAAUGUAAGCGGUCUAACAAGAUCUGGGGGUGUCGUCAUCAGACACUGGGGAUCACCGACUGCUUCCAGUAUGUCAACAGACAGACAGACAUGUUGUGUGACAGAUACGAACCUGUGUCUCAGGCUAUGUGUAUCCGGAUGAAUAUUGUGUCCUCUCUCUUGUCAUACUGUGAGGUUUUCUACAAGAAAUUGGCCUCUGUUUUCAAUUAUGAAUGGAGCCAUGUUUCUCCUACAGAAUUUUAUGGCCUUUCUGAAGAUGGUGGUUUAAAUUCUAUGGAUGCAUGCAAAAGUCAUUUCCAGACUGUUAGAAGAUCAUUGGCAAGACUUAUGGCAUACAGGUUGAAUUUGUUUGUGUACGAUGCCAUGAUGAUCUACCUUACCCUGAGAGACACGCGGCGGUCGAUGGCAGCUAAUCUUACUCCGCUGACCCAGUUUCUGGGUUCCUAUAUUGACCUUCUGAAUCAAUGGCUGUACCUGGAUAACUUUCAUAUUGUGAUGGAGAAUUUAUGGGUCUUCAUUGUGCAGAACUUUGAGAAAGAAACUGUCAAUUUGGUUCACAAUGAAAAUUCUCUGGAAGCAGGGGAACAUUUGGUUCAGGCUUUUACUAUUUUACUGAAGUUGAUGUCUAGCAAGGAUGCAGGCAUACACAGGAACCUCUUAUUAUCUCAGGCGGAAUCUGUCAUGUUUAAACUACAGAUUUACACAACAGCUAGCAAUCAGUUGAUCGAGCUGUAUGAAAAACUCACAGAACAUUAUUAUGGAUCUGAUACUGUCAGUAUUUGUACCCUUGAUGCCACAGUCAAGACCAUUCUUCAUAGAAUUCGAGAAGACUUACUUAUCUACAGGAAGUGCUUCAGUGGUUCUCAUCUUGUCUCCUGGAUCAUGCACCACCCAGAACUUUUCUAUCAGUUUGAUCCUGAUUUGGAGAACUCAGACAACAGUAAAGAAAAGAGAUGGACAGCGAUAUCCAUAGCGGAGUCUCUGCUGAAGGGGGGGAUAAUAGUAGACCUGGACGCUGAAGAUGAUACAGAUUCUGAAGAGGAUAAUGUGGUCGAUUUUCCAGAAAUAAGCUUAGCUGGUGAAAAUGGAUCCUCUUUUGUAUAUGAUGGGAAUAUCUCCAGCACAAACACCCCAAGAGCUACACCUGUUCCACACACAGAAGAAAGACCUCAGUCCUCUCUAAAAAGAUCACUUCAUCAAAGUCUUCAUUCUCAUCAAAGAGCUACACCUGUAUUACAGCGUAGCCAAAGAUCAUACGAGAGUCAUCCCAGUCAUGUGAUGCAUCAGACUUCACGACGUUCAAACCCAGCGACGCCUAACAUAGAACAGAGCCACCACACUGACACAGUCCGAUCCACUAUACAGCACAGUCUAAGGACAUAUGUAUCACCCUCUCCAAUGAAAUUGAACCCACAGUCUCUUAAAGCUCAAAGAAGCUUUCAUUUGUCCCAAACACAUCAAGAUGUGCAAUCAAAUCUGAGAGCUAAAGAUGAGGUAUCAUCCUACCACCAGAGGGAGCCAGCAUCUGAAGUGGGUGACAACGAUGUCUGUGAUGAGAUGCCCAGGGCCACUGCUGUGGCCAAAGAUAACCCGGUAUUUAGAACGGUGAGUCACAGUGAACUGGAUUACCAUAUUGGGGGAUGGCAUCUCCCUCAUCGCACAACACCAAAUCUAAAUGAGAGUUUACUGAACAAUUCGUUUCAAGACAGUGAGUUCCUGUUUGAAGACAGUCGCAGGAAAUAUUACCGUGUUGCUAGCUUUGCAGAUAGUCUCACCCCAAACAGGGCCUCUGGAUCAGAAGAGCUCAACAGCUUAAUCGAGAAAUGUAUUGAAAUGAAAAUAAUUCCCGAUUUUGUGUUCCGUAUUUUGCUGAGUAGGAAAUACUUUGAUGAUAUUGCUCGGCUUUAUGUUGAGAAACAUGCUAGAGGAGAAAAAGAUUUAUUUUGUGAAGUCAGUUAAACUCUCCAGGUUUGAUUUUGCUCCUGUGCAAUGUUUUUAAUAUGUCUUUCAUAAUUAUUUUUAUGGGUGAUAUUCUUUUGUGUAGUAAUAUUUCUAUCAAAUGUCGAUGUUGUUUGAUUUAAUGUAUGCAAUCAGUAUUGACAUCAAUGUCAGCAUUCACUUCCUUCAAUGGAAAUUUUUUUUGUUUCAGUCGUAGAAACAAUAAGGCAAGUUAACUUAUAUGAUACACUCCAAAUUCACACAAAGUUAAUGAAAAUUCUGAAUUUCCUAAUUUUUGGACAAAAGGGUGUCAAGUCCCUAUUUAUUCCUAUAUUUUCCUAUUAACUUGAAGGUUCCUAUAUUUUCCUUAUAAGUCAUUAAAAUCCCUAUAAAGCCCUGUAUAUCCCAAAAAAAAUGACAGUCCUAUUUUCAAAAAUGAUUAAAAAAAAAAACAAAAAACUGACAAAAAUCCAGGAGUUAAUGCUAAACUGAUAUUUAAUUUGAUUGUUGUGAAGAGAAUAACUAUGAUGAUUGUAUAAGAACUGUCUAUUGGAUGGAAAACUGUCCAUACUGAAAGGACAUUGUCUUUGUUUAUGUUUAAUAUUAUUUCUUCUCCAGUAAGAUACUAUGCUUGCUAGAUUUUUAUGCAGAAACAAUAAACUUUCUUUAUAAAAACCCCAUUUAUUCCUAUAAAUGUGCCAUAAAAAUUCCUAUAUUUGCCCUAUAAACUGUAAAAAAUUUUCCUAAAAUCCUAUAUUUUUUAGAUCAGAAGUGGCUUGACACCCUGUUGUGGCCUUAGUCACUUUUAUUCAUGAUCAUUAUUAUGUAUUUUUAUUAAGGCAUUAUCUUGAAACAAGUUUUUAUUAGGUUUGAUGGUUUUAAAUACAUUUUGAACUGUAAGUGAAAAUGAGGGUCACAUGGGGCCCUUAAUCUGCCUUGUCCUUUGAACUUUAACAGCAGUAAGAAACUUGGAGAUUGUAAUUGUGCAUAAGCUGCUCAACUGACGUGGACUCAAAUCACAGCCUCUUGUUACUCUCGAAUAUUUUUUAUACUGUAACUAUAUGCUUACAGAUAGAAAUUAUGUAUUUCAUACAGAAAAUGUGUUCAUUUUCAUAAGCUGUGAUACAAAUAUUGCUUGUGAUAAAAAAAACCAUAUCAUUUUUAUAAAAAUACAUGUACAUUCCCUGUAUAUUGAAAUGUCAGCUUUCGAUAACAGAAACUAUCAUUUUCUAUGUAUUCUUUGCAAUUAAAUGUUGUCAUUCAGUUUUA